UUCCAGAACUCCAUGGCGUUUUUUGAUCUAAACCUACCUCCAGUAGACUUAGAGGACGGCGGCGGCGAAGGGGAGGCGUUUGGACGUGGGCACGAUGGGACUGCCGACGGCGGAGUGGGCGCCGGAGGACCACAAGUUGGAGCUCGCGUCGUCGGCCUUCCUCCGCUAGGUCUAGCAGGACGCCGGCGAGGAGCUUUUGACCCGAGCCGCGGAUCGCUCCCAUCAAGCUCAAGCGGAGGACGCACUCAUGGGCGGCUCGGUCUUGCCGGUCGUACACAAGCUGUUGGAUGGCUCGGCGGGAGUGGCUUCACCGGGCAUGAAGUUUUCGGCGCGCAUGACGGAGGUGCUCUCGGCGCGCACGACGGCGGUGCGUUCUGGGCGCACGACGGGGGUGCUCUCGGCGCGCACGACGGCGGUGCGUUCAGGGCGCACGACGGUGAUGCUCUCGGCGCGCACGACGGCGGUGCGUUCAGGGCGCACGACGGUGAUGCUCUCGGCUCGCACGACGGCGGUGCAUUCAGGGCGCACGACGGCGGUGCGUUCAGGGCGCACGACGGUGAUGCUCUCGGCGUGCACGACGGCGGUGUGUUCAGGGCGCACGACGGCGGUGCGUUCAGGGCGCACGACGGUGAUGCUCUCGGCGCGCACGACGGCGGUGCGUUCAGGGCGCACGAUGGCGGGCGCGCCGGAGCAAACAGCGGAAGUGCGUUUGGCCACGACGUCGGUGGUCAUCAAGACAUGGACGCGAAUGACGGCCACGGCCAUGUCUUUGGCGAGGACGAUGCAGCAGCCAGCGGUGAUGAAGAGAAUGGCACAGGAGACACUCAAGACAUGGGUGAUCAGGGAAACGACGCAGCCGACGGCCACGACACCGGCAUUGAUCUAAAUGUCAUGGCCAAUAAGAAGAGGCGGGCAUUUUACACCGACGACGAUAAGCGUUCGUUCUACACAGCCAUUUUGGAGAUGAAUGGUCGUGGUCCGUUGAAACAUGGGGUGACUAGAGAAUUGUCAGCUCGAAUGAAAGUGCCGGCAAGGGUUCUUCGGCGGGUAUGGAAUAAUGGUAGGCGAGGUGGUGGUGUGAAUGCGGUUAUCAACAGGAAGCCGGGUAGAGUUGGUAGAAAGCGCAUUACGCUAGACUCUGUUGCUCUAGCGGCCAUCCCUCCGAGACACCGCACGACGAUUCGAGAUGUUGCCGGUGCAAUGAACAUGUCGAAGACCACCGUUCACAAGCUGUUGAAGGAGCAUGAGUUACGCAAACACACCAAUGAGCUUAAGCCUUUGCUAACGGAGGAAAACAAGAAAGCACGUAUCAUGUAUUGCAUUUCAAACCUAGAACCUGCUAGUAUGCCGGAGAACCCUAUCUUCAAGGAUUCAUACAACGUCAUCCACAUUGAUGAAAAAUGGUUUUAUCUCACAAGGAGAAGCCAAGGAAUUUAUUUGGGCAUUAACGAGCCGAACCCGUGA